CGCCACUCGCUUGCAUCUAAACCUCUGAAUACCCGUUUCUAUUUGAUUCUGCAAAAUCCAGUCAGACCAAAUGUUUCUUCUACAGACCGCCAUCAAAACCCUACCUACUGAUCAAAGCAUCUCGUCAUCUUUCUUCAAGCGCCGGACUACUCUGCUUCCGAAAUCUUUAUUUCCCAGCCUUGAUUUGAGGUUUAGUUUGGGUUGCAGAACGAAGAAGGCCUCACACCUUGCUUCCAAAACUAGGACCCAUGCCACUCUUCUUGAUACCCCCGUCUUGUGGGCGGGCAGAGUUGCCAUCUUCUAUGCCCUCCUGAAAGCUGGUUUGGCUGGAUCUCCUUCUAAUCCCAUCUUUUCAGAUUCUGAGAAUGUUGAUGCUGAUGACAUGGGAUUUUCCAAGUGGUUCGAUCAGUGGAGACGAAAUCCAGAAAAAGAAGCCGCUGACAAAAGGAAACUAGUAAGCAAAUGGCAUCCAACAACUAAGAAUACCCUUAGACGUAAUUACAGGGUGCCAUCAAAAUCUGAAGGUCGGCGUCUUCUUAGAGACAUUGCUUCCUUACUAUCAGACGACGACCAUUUUAGAGAUGCCACUUCUCACAAGGGUUGUCAGAUCAGGAGGGAGAGUGCUCAUGGAGAAAGUGUGUGUUGCAACAAUGUGAGAGCUCUGUUUGAUGAGCUCCCGACACCACACCUAAUAGUAGAGAUCACACCUUUCCCUGUGGGUCCUUUAACGGAAAAUGACUAUAUCAAAGCCGAGAAACUGGAAGUUGUCCUUAGAUCAGGCCCAUCUGUUUAAAAAAAAUUCACUGCCUUAAAACUUGGUGUAUAUCGUUCACUUCUGUCACUGUCACUGUAAUUAUCCACAGUUUCUGACAUUGAAGCCAUCUUCUGUGUACAUUUACUUUGCAUCAAGAAAAUGCUUCUCUUGUUUUCUUAUUUGAUGUGUAUAUGUUUUCUAGCGAGACCAGUUGGUGUUUAAUAUGAACCAUCCAUAUUUCUCUGGCUCAGAAUCCUCAGAUUAACACAUAAGUUUAAAUGUGAAGUACUUCAUGAAACUAUAGUUGUUUUGAAUAAUACUUAUAAAUAUCAAUUUAGUUAUGGAAAUGAA